AUGAAAAUCGAACUUAACGAGAAGGCUCAAAAUGCUUUCGGUGGUAUACGUGGGAUUGUAAAGAAUGCAAAUGCCAACGAGGAAAUAACGAAAACCGCAAAAUUAUUUGCGAAUCUUGACGUAUCGAUGAAAUCGACUCAUCAGUCCUUGGAGAAGCUCACUUAUGGAAUAACCCAAUUACAAGAAAGGAAUAAUCAAAUGUUGGGAGCUUUGCAUGUUAUUCCGCAGAUUAGUGACGGAUUAAAAGUUGAAGACUUGAUCAAGUGUCCACCUACUUGA